GUGACAGUACGCACAUUUUUUCCACAUCACACACGACCGCCACAUAUUUUUAGUUGCCUUCUCCAAAUAAAUGAGGUGCCUGUAAGAAAAAAAAAAUACCUCCAGAUAUUUAACGCAGACGAAUAUCGAGUUCCUGAAACUGAAACGCCAAAUCAUUUGAGUAUACGACAAUAAUACGACAACAUCACACACAACAUGGCUGAACGAAGAAAAAAUAAAAAGCGUAAAGAUAAUCAACAAGACAAAGCCGCGGUAGAUAAACCGACAAAAGAAGAGUAUUCUGUUGCUAAAUGGAUACGCGAAAAUGUACCGUCUAAGAAAACUAAAUUUAUCAGCCACAAUGUCGAGUAUUUCACGGGCUCACGAGCUGUCGGCGCUCUGCUGGACAACUCGCCCUGGAGUAAAACAAUUUUUGAAACCCGAGAACAGGUAGUAGAAUUUUUGGAUAAUAUGCUGAGACACAAAUUUUUUCAUCGCGCUAAAAAAAUAGUCGUCACUGAAGAAGAGCUGAUUAAAUUACGAGGCAUGAAGAAAAAGGGUAAAGAUUGCUGUCAUAAAGAUGACAAAAAGGUGAUAGAGAAGGAAAAGGAGAAGGAAAAGGAAAAAGAGAAAGAAAAAGAGAAAGAGGCCACUGAAAAUGAGGGUAAAGAAAAGGAAGAUGAGAAUAAAGAUAAAGAACCGAAGAAGAAGCCUAAAGUACGUUUAGAGAUGCACAUGGAGCAGUAUUUUUCAGAUUGCAAUGACGCUUAUGUAUGGAUUUAUGAACCUAUUCCUGUAUACUAUUGGUUCUUUGGUGCUCUUGUAGUACUUGGAGCCAUUGGCGUCUGCCUUUUUCCAUUAUGGCCCCUGACAAUUCGUCACGGUGUUUAUUAUCUUAGUGUAGCUGCCGCUGGGUUUUUCGUAUUUAUUUUAGCAUUAGCUGUCAUUAGAGUUGUUAUUUUUUGUCUUAUAUGGGUUAUUACCAUUGGAAGACAUCACUUUUGGUUACUACCCAAUCUCGCUGAAGACGUUGGUUUCUUCGCUUCCUUCUGGCCACUUUAUCAGUACGAUUAUUAUGGACCAGGUUCAGAGAAGAAAAAUAAGAAGAAGAAACGCAAGAAAGAUAAAGACUCAGAUUGCGAAGAUGCUUGUUUGACUCAAGGAGAUGAUGAUAAAUCCCCGGUUCCUGAGGAAGAUAAAAAAGAAGCCGAGGAAGAGAAACAAGCUGUGGAGGUGACUAAUGAUGAAGAAGCGAGCGGCGAAGAAGGCUCGGAAAGUGAGAAAUCUAACGUAGGUAAAGAUUUUGAGAUGAUUCAGCAUCCAGAAUCAGAGGAUAAAUAGAUAAAGUAUAUAAAUAGUUUAAUUAAUAUGACUGCGCAUAAUGUAGCUGUUUUGAUAUCAAUGGUAAACAAAAAAAGAAGCGAUAAGAGAAAAUAAUAAAUGUGUUGAGUGGAUGGAUGACGGGUAAAUUUUUAAAUUAAAUUUCGUUCCGGUUUUUUUAAAAUGCAUUUAAUAACUGAUUUUUUUACAAAGCAAAGGAAAUUAAACAUACACACAAAUUGUCAAUUUUUGCUAUAAUUCUACAUGUAUUAAAAAAAAAAUAUUUAUAUAUAUAUAUGACAUUAUUGAUGAAAUGAAAUAAUUUAUAAGAAAAAUCUUGUACAAAUCGCAAGUAAUUGUUGACGCUAAUUGAUUACGCUAAAAAACACUCCCUAAUUUACGCCUCAGGAAAAAGUAAUUAAAGAAUUAACAUGAAAUUUAAAAAUACUUGGGUAGGUGCAUUAGAUUGAUUAAUAAACGAUAGAUUUAUUAUUUAUA